CGGCACGUCAACAAUAGAGCGGGCGUUUGCGAGCAGAUUGUGAGCGGCAGCCUUUCUACGACCAUGACUCGCCGGAUAGCGCACAAGCUGGAGACGCAGUGGCGCUCCCAGGACGUGCUUCAGUCGGAGGACGAAAAUGCCACUUUCGAGGAGUUCCUUCUCUCUAAGCAGCUACUCAGUGGUCUCCGCAAGUCGGGAUUCGUCAGGCCGUCGCCAAUACAGCUGCGUGCCAUUCCUCUGGGCCUCUGCGGUUUUGACAUGGUCGUGCAGGCAAAGUCUGGCACUGGCAAGACAUGCGUCUUCUCUGUGCUCACCCUACAAGCUGUCAACGUCUCCAAGAAUGCAGUACAGGUUCUGAUCCUGGCGCCGACACGUGAAAUAGCUGUUCAGUCUUGCGACACUGUUUGCUGUCUUGGCUGUGACAUGCCAGAGCUCAGGGCAUAUGCCUUCAUCGGGGGCAUGCCGAUAAAAGAGGACCUGCAAAAGCUGGCACGAUGCCACGUUGCAGUUGGCACUUUAGGGCGUCUGCUGCAGCUGAUCCAGCAGGGCCAGCUGUCCCUGGAGUGGGUCCGCCUCCUGGUGCUGGACGAGGCAGACCAGCUGCUUGGAGAAGGAUUCCAGGAAGACCUGAGGAAGCUCUGGGCAUUACUACCGAAGAGGCGGCAAGUGGUGGCAACCAGUGCCACCUACCCCCCAGAAGUGGCACGCAUCUUGGAAGAGGAGCUGCUUCGCAACCCCAUGGUCGUUCGUCUAGGAGCUGACACACCUGCCCUGCUAGGGGUGUCGCAGUGGUACUGCGUGGCCGAGGGCAGCCACGAGGCAGCCUGGUUCUCGAAGAAGCUGCGUACGCUGGACAAACUGCUGCGUCGAAUGCCCUUCUCCCAGUGUCUGGUGUUUCUCAACUCGCAGGCCAGAGCGCAGUCCCUGGAGGAGAGGCUUCGCCAUGCAGGUCACAGAGUGCAGCUGCUCAGUGGAGCCCAGGCGCAGUCCGAGCGCAUCAAGGCCCUGGUGUGCCUGAAGGCCUAUCGCUGCCGCAUCCUCGUCUCCACUGACCUCGCAGCUCGUGGCAUUGAUGCAGAAAGGGUCAACCUGGUCAUCCACUUUGAUGUAGCAUAUGAUCUGGAGACGCAUCUCCACCGCUCUGGACGUGCAGGCCGUUACGGCACAGCAGGCCAGGCAGUGACGUUGGUGGCGGGACUCCAAGAAUUGGAGCAGCUUCGCACACUCUGUGCGCCCCUCAACUUGGACAUAAAGCCACUGCCAGGUUCUUCAAGCUGUGAAUGCGAGAGUAACAACGUACAACUGAAUGGUGAUGCAAGCAGUGAUGUUGCGGAGAAAGAAAUGACAGAAGCAGCGGUACACGAACCCUCAAGCGAAGUCGCACCUUGUCAAGAAAAUAGCUACAACGAUGCAGGUUCUUAUUUUACUCAACAAUCUCCGCAAAAGAAGGUAACGUGUGCACAGUUGGUAGAGAUGCCAAAAAACACAUUUGGAUCGUCUUCUACGAAUAGUUCAGAAGAAAUCUGUGUGAAAGAAAUGUCGAUGUCAGUGAGUGCAGUAUCGCCACCUCCUGCUGAAGGUGGUUCCAUGAGACCGGAUAUACCAGCAGUGGAGCUGAGCACAGUAGAAUCAACCCCAGAAAGUGAUUCUAAAGAAGCGCAUGCAAAGGUAGUGCAGUCACUGCGGAGCACCCCCGAACUGACGCAGACAGAGAGCACGGGUGGAGCCACAAAGAGUGUCUUGCAGCUUGUGAUGGACCCUUCACGGAAGCUUAAGGAGAUCCUUAUGAGCCAGAAGGUGCCUGCACGUGUGCAGCCUCUUCUUGAGUGGCCACCAGAUCUUUCAAUAUGCAAGGAACUGGCGGCCCGCAUUCAGGAGGAGAAAGAAGCAUUCUGCAAGGCUUACGGUGUAGUUUUUGAACCUGGCAGAACACUGAAGAUUGCCCCUGCUCUGCGAGUGACAGAGCAGAGCUGUGCAUCCCCCUCGAUGGACGACGUCAUUCCUAGCCAUGAUAAGUGUGAAGCGGACGACACCAAAACAGUGGUGCACUUCAGUGCAGGAACUGAUGGCAGCUGCAUCAAAGAAAAGCAGAAACCAAGGCACAUUUCUCCAGAGGCGGUGGACGUAAAAAAAAUUGUUUCUAGCCAUGAAAAGCAAGAAGCAGAUGAAGCCAGCCAUAUGCUGCACUCUGACAAAGCUGUGUACGAGAAGACCAAUGAGGGACAGCAGGAACUAAGUGUGCAGGCUUCUGUGCCUCAAGAUAUUAACAGAGCGGAAGGGGACACUAGCACACGUGACAAGUUCCCACAGACUAGUUUUUCAGGUCACAGAGAAUGCAAGCUGAAGGAAAGAUGUGGUUCAUUAAAAAAGGAUCCUGUCAAGUCUGGUAUAGCAGCUGAAGCCACAGAAAUUGGGUGUUAUGUUGUACACAACUCGGAGCACAGACACUCAUCAUUAGAAUUGAAGCCAUCAGCAAGGAUUGAAGGCAGGACGCUUCAAUGUCGCCGUCCACAACCAAGGUCGCUGGACAUCAGCAGAGAAUUGAAGAAAACUAUGUCGGAGGCGCCAUUGAAAGAGAAUGACACUGUCGUCAAUUGCGAACGAAAGCAGCGAAAGGGUGCAAGUUUUGGUGGAGGCAGUGAUGAAGAUAAUUCAGUGCUUCACUUUGGGCGAUUAAGAAGCAGUACACCCAGUCGAGAAUUGACAUCAUUGACGCACCCAGCUCGCAUAAACCGUACGUACUUGUCACCUCUGACAAGGCUUGAUACCCCUGCAGUGAGAGAUCGCAAUUCAACCGACAAUCGUCAUCCCAUCGAAACAAGCUUAUGUUAUGAGUGUGCUCAAAAAUGUGAUGUCAUCAGGGCAACAUGCUUUAGGGAACGUCACUUGCUCCGGACUCCCACAGUGGCCUCCUCUUCCGUCAUGGCACAGUUCCAAGUUAGUGCUGCUGCCACGGACUGGUCACGUAACUGGUUCAUGUGGCACCAGUGGUAUAUUAAGAGAAUGCUGCAAGCUAAUCGCUUUUGAAAAACUGCUUUGGGACUUUUAGUGAUAGUGGAAGUGCCAAUUGGUACGCACUGACUUCAUAACUGUUAAAAGGAUUGUUGGUAUUAAAUGGACAUUGAGGGUCUCA